AUGUCGCAUCCCAUUGAUUUCUGCACCACGGGCAUGUUCAUCAUUGAUGACAUCUACCCUGCCCCAUCUGCUGCUGACCAGACUCCUUUUGUAAAUAUCCCUGGUGGUGCCGGAACUUACAGCGCUUUGGGUGCUCGUUUGUUGUCUCCAUCUCCUCAGUCCAAGAGAGUUGGCUGGGUCGUGGACGCCGGCCAUGACUUUCCCAACUCAUUACGUGAUACGAUCAAUUCUUGGGACACUGCCGUCCUCAUCAGAUCGCGCGACGCCUUGACAACCAAAGGCUGGAACGGUUAUGGCGCCAAUGAACAUCGCGCCUUCAAAUAUCUAACGCCCAAGCUUCGUAUCACUGCAGACGACCUGUCACCCCACUUACUGACCGCAAGAUCCUUCCACUUGAUCUGCGCUCCAGCUCGUUGUGUCGACUUGGUCCAGACCAUCAGAUCUCGAAGGGCCGAGCUUGGACAGUCUCUAGACCGCCCUGUGUUCAUAUGGGAGCCGGUACCUGACCUCUGCGUACCCGAAGAACUGGGCAACACCAUCAAGGCACUUGAGCAUAUCGAUGUCAUCAGUCCAAACCAUGCAGAACUUUCAGACCUCUUCUCAGUCGUCGGAAACGCGGACUCUGGACUCGUAGACCGAAAAGUCAUCGAAUCAUGCAGCGCGAAACUGCUAUCCAGCUUGUCUAGUGAGCGAGCACGAAGAUUAUCAGUCGUCGUAAGGUCUGGCAAGGACGGAUGCUACGUGGCAUCGUCGGACAAGCAGGUAUGGCUUCCAGCCUAUCACGCAUCGUCUCCAGACAAGGUUGUCGACCCAACGGGUGGAGGCAAUGGCUUCCUAGGCGGAUUGGCAGUCGGACUCGUCAGGACAGGAGAUGUGAUCGAGGCAUCCAAGUGGGGCAAUGUAGCAGCAAGCUUGAUGAUCGAGCAAGUGGGCGUUCCGGUGUUGCAGACAGAGGGUGGGGUGGAGAGAUGGAACGGAGUGGUGGUUGCAGAAAGAAAGCAGGAAUACUCGUUGCGAUGUAUGGAACAGUAG